AUGGCGGCGUCUUUCCAUGGUUCGUAUUCUGAAGUUCUUUCACGGAUUCCCCCCAAAGACCCCGCGAACAUUUCAGACUACAACAUAAGCUUUAAAGGAAAAUUAAUUGAGAACGUGAAAGCAAGUUCUUGCUAUGAGACCGCAGUGAAGUUUUCUUUGAUAGCAGAAACUAGCAACGCCUCAAAUACUGACAGAACUGGUUGCAUGUACCUAUGUAAUGAAAGUUAUUACCGACCAUCUAAUGUGACAGAUUGUGAAGGAGUCACAGGGAUUUUUUAUGGUGCAGUGAUUGGAUCAACUGCUACAGCGGUUGUUGGUGCUGGGAUACUUCUCUUUUUCGUAUGCAAGUUAAGAAAGCGUAACAGCAAGAACUCAAAUGGAAAAAGAGAAAGGACAAACAGAGAAACAACAGCAGAAAUUGGACUUGUUGAUACUUGGCUUGAAAUGACGGAGCCUUCCCAAAGCCAGCAGUGCAUGGCUUUGGAUGAGCGGAAUAGGUCAUCCCCCAUUACAAAUGCAGAGCAGGCGAGCCUUCUACAACCUUCCGAACCAGUAGAUGACUACUCCUCUUUUUAUUCACCGCCACGCUGUUGGGAGAUUCCUAUAGAGCUCGUGACUCUAGAAAAGGUCAUUGGUAAAGGGGCUUUUGGUCAGGUUGCUAAGGCAGAAGUCAGAGGCCUCCAGGGAAGACCAAGGACGACACUCGUGGCUGUUAAGAUGUUGAAAGAGCACGCCUCCGAAUUGGACAGGAAAGAAUUGUUGUCUGAACUUCAAUUGAUGAAGGAACUCGAUGCCCAUCCUCAUGUCAUUAAACUUCUGGGGUGUGUCACGAGAUCUGGACCAUUGAUGGUGUUAAUUGAAUAUGUUCCCUAUGGAGAUCUACUGGGAUACCUGAGAAAGAGCCGUGGGCUGAAGGACACUUACUUCCAAGACCCGGAUAUCAAACCAAAAACAAAUCUGACUUCAAAGCAGCUGAUGAAAUAUGCGUGGCAAGUUGCCGAUGGAAUGUCAUAUUUGUCAUCGAUACCAAUUAUCCAUCGAGACAUUGCAGCUCGUAAUGUAUUGGUUGGAGAAGGGGAAACGUGUAAAGUAACAGACUUUGGUAUGGCCAGAGAUGUUCAAGAGGACAACAUUUAUCAAAUGAGGUCAAAGGGACGUAUCCCCUUAAAAUGGACUGCUUUUGAGGCGCUGCUGCACGGAAAAUAUUCCACAAAAAGUGACGUGUGGAGCUACGGAGUUCUCCUCUAUGAGAUUGUCACGAUUGGUGGCUCACCAUAUCCAGAGAUGGAUGGAAGACAGAUUUUAACGUUGCUGAAUUCGGGAUACAGAAUGCCUAAACCACAACACGUGGAUGAUAAGUUGUAUGACAUCAUGACAAACUGUUGGGAAGAUGACCCUGAAUUGAGACCAUCAUUUGAGAGUUUGAGAAACGAACUGAAAGAAAUGGAAGACCAGCACAAGGGGCUGAUAAAUUUGGACAAUUACGAUGAUCGACUCUAUGUUAAUGCUGACGAUCUUGUCAUGCAAUCAUUUGAAUUUUCAUGAAGCAGUGGAAGGAGUGAUAAAUCUAUACUAUUUUGGAUUUGACGUUAACCAUUCAUUCUGUUUUAAUUAAGAAAGUAUAAAAAAAUACGCUUAAUAGCGAACUAGGGCAAAGUACAGCUUUCACAUAUUUUUGUGCGAAUUCUUAGGGUUUUUGGUAUGUGUUUUUUAACUAUAUUAGAGAAGCAAACUAUAAUUUUUUUAUUAACGUUAUAGAUUUAAA